UCUUGAUCGUGUCAUGCCGUCAUUAUUCUAACAUUCAGCCCGUCACUGAGUAAAUGUACACAACUCGAAAACGCCGCCAUAGGAAGAAGCGGUGAUGUUUCCGGAAGUGUUCUUGGUUUGCGCGAUGGUUGCUAUAGCGACAUCAAGCUGUAUGGUGCAGUUUCAAUACAAAUCAGCGUAAAGACGCUUGGCUGGUUACUGUGAUGAAACCUUUUAUCUAAAGAAAGUUAAUUUACGUGCCAACCAAAAAUAAAAUGACACUUGACGAUCUUCGCUUGGAAUGGAUAAGAAACCGGGUCUGCGCCUCCUUUUACUUCCCAGACGAGGCCUGUUUUGAGGAACUUCUGAACAGAGCGGACGGAGAAGAAGAACAGAAAAUAAUUAAGUUUUUGAACGAACAAACUUCAGAGGAAUCGGCUUCGUCGCUGCUGUUCUUCAAAGCUAUCAGAGAAGAAGAGGUGGAGGUGGAAGUACAGAUCGAGCCAGAAGAGGCUGUGAACAGAGAAGACGCCCCACAGGAUGAUCACACUGGCCCAGACUCUGCCAGGGCAGCCGGUAAUGUUCCUGCUGAAGGUGACAAGGCUUCCACAGUCACUUCGGUUGCAGAGAAAGAGCAGAAGAGGAAAGGCAGAGACUCUGUAUCCACCUCCGCUUCCCGGAUGUCCGACACCCAGAUGCCAGAGUCCCCACGGCAACCUGAGGGGUCUCAGGACCCUGCCCCUGGCAUUGAGGACGCGCACAGGGAGACGGCAGAGGAGGAGCAGGACAGGCUACCCCUCACUAAAAUUGAAAUCCAGACAGUAUACCACAUUGAGUUGCACGUGGCUCUCAAUCAUGUUCCAGAGAGGUCAAUGGAGUCCAAUGUUCUCUUUUUUCUCAGGAAUACCAAAGAAACAAUAUGUGAGCCUCUUGACAUGAAGGAAGCUAAUGAGAUCAUGCCUAAAUUACUGGAGAUUGGGAUGUUGAAUGGACACCCGUUAUUAAUGCUUAAAAAUGUAUUCAGUCAUGUAUUUAUACCACUGCUUUCUGUCAGUCAGCUGAAAAACAAUGAUUCAAAUUACAAACAAACAGAAAAGUCUGCUGAAGGUGAAGAAGAUGGCGUCUUGGAAGCACACAAAGAACAAGAGAGGCCUGUGGAGUUUCGGGGCACACAGCUCAUCAGGGACGAGUUACUGAACAGUGCCCACAAAUUCCUCGGUCACAUUGAUAGGACACUGCAGCAGCUGGAAGGUGAGAUUAAGUUGCACAUUCCCGAUGUGGACUUGGAUGGUGAUGUGGUCCGGCUGGUGUCCAGUCCAGCUGUGGUCGUGCAGCUGGAGCAGUGCGUCAUGAACUGGCAAACGCAAAUAACCUGCGUUAUUGAGGAGCAGCAGAAGAAGAAACCACAGGCUCCUGGUCCCAUGGCUGAGAUUGAUUUUUGGCGGGAGCGCACUGCCAUUUUAAGCGCCCUCAGUGAACAGCUGAAGCUGCCAGUGGUAAAGAAGAUUUUGGAAGUGAUGAGUCGGGCUGAUCCUGUGACUACCCAGAACCUGGACCUCACAGUGACUGAGCUCAGCAAGUACCAUGUGGAGGCAGUAGAGAAUGUGCGCUUUUUGGGCACACUGGAGCGCCACUUUAAGAACCUAGCUACGGGGUCUGGGUUUAACGUGAUCCUGGAUACCAUUCCCCUGAUGAUGAACGGACUGCGGAUGGUGUGGAUCAUUUCUGGGCACUACAACAAGGAUGAGCGGAUGGUGCCUCUUAUGGAGCGAAUAGCAUGGGAGCUGUCAGAGAGGGUGGCUAGAGUGGUCAACGUUCGCACUGUAUUCAAAGAGAAGAGGGAAAUCGCAAAGGCCAAAGCUUUAGAUGCCAAGCAGGUUCUUGAUCAAUGGAAGGCUUCGUACUUUGAGGUCCGCAGCAAGAUUGAGGCCUCAGGUAGAGACCCUCGCUGGGAGUUUGACAGGAAGAGACUGUUUGAGAAGACAGAUUACAUGGCUUCCAUUUGCCAGGACCUGUACAAAAUCCUACAGAUCCUUGAGGAGUUUUACAACAUUUUUGGCCCUGAGCUAAAGGCAGUGACUGGAGAUCCUAAGCGGAUUGACGAUGUGUUGCGCUGGGUGGACAGUCUGGUUAUACCCAUUGAGGAGCUGAGCUUUGACCCUUUUAAUAUACGUAAAAUGGGAUUAUGGAAAGUAGUUAUGGAGGACUUUAAGACUGAAGUGCAGGCUAUAGAAGGAGAAGCCAUCAACUUCAUUGACCAGUCUUUCAAAACCCUCCGUUCUGCGGAGGCUGCCUUUGACAUGCUUUUAAAGUUUAAGCACAUCCGUUCAAGAGAAGCAAUAAAUAACCAGAUGAUGAAGAAGUUCAAUGACAUUCUGGCACAGUAUUGUAAAGAGGUUGACAAUAUUAACACCUUGUUUAUCAACAACCUUGACAAUCCUCCUCUCAACAAGAAUCAGCCCCCAGUUGCUGGAGCAAUAUACUGGGAGCGCUGUCUGUUUCAUCGGAUGAAGCACACCAUCAUCCGCUUCCUCGAGGUGGAGGAGAUGCUGGAAAGUGACCAGGGAAAAAUGGCUAAAGCAAAGUACCUGGAAGUAGGUAAAAGAAUGAAGGAGUAUGAGGAAAAGAAAUAUGAGCGCUGGAGAGAGGAAACUGAGCAAGCACUGCCAAUCCUGCUUAAGAGGAAUCUCUUACAAAUACACACUGGAAGAGGAGCCAUUCCUGCUUCUGAUCAGGAUACUGCAGAACUGGCUUUACUCUCUGGGGAGCUGAAGACGGAGGAGCCUGUGCGGUACUCUGUCAACUUCGCUCAGGAGCUGACAGAGAUCACCUCUGAAACCAAGUACCUGGAGCAACUGGGUUUCUCCGUGCCUGAGCUGGCCAGGAACGUGGCUUUGCAGGAGGACAAGUUUCUCAGGUAUAUUGGUGGGCUAAAGAAUAUGGUUAAUCGCUACCAUAUACUGAUGGACAGUCUGAAUGAAGCUGAGACUAAUUUGCUAGAUGAACAGAUUCAUGAGCUCCAGAGAGUUCUUAGAUCUGGGUACAAAAGACUCAACUGGAACUCAUUAGGCAUUUUAGACUUUAUUAAUCGCAGCACCCAAGCCAUUUCCAAGUUUGAGUCACUUGUGAACCAAAUUCAGAAGAACGCACGGGACAUUGAUGCCAAACUACAAUCAAUUGAAUCGGCAAACCUAUUCAAGUUCCCAAGUCCUUCAAGAGAAGGUGAUCUGCCAGGAGUGAAGGAGUUUUUCGAGUUUAUUGAGCGGGAGAGGAUGAAAGAUGUAAACCUCUUGUCCCGAAAAUACACUGCUAUAGGUCCUCUGUUAACCAAGAUGGAGGGCUUGAUAAUGCACACGAACACCGGCCAAGACAAACGCAUGGCGCAGUACUAUGCCUACUGGGAACGCAAAGUGUAUGAUACCCUAACAAAGAUGGUCUUGAGAAACCUCCAAACAUUUGGUAAUGCCUUGGUGGAGAAAGUGCCACUGUUUCAAAUUGAAACCAUCUUGUCUGCCCCCGAGAUUGUAUUGCACCCCAAUGGCAAUGAAAUUUACAAACUGACAAUGCAGUGUGUGAGAGACUGCUUGGAUAGCACAAAGCGGUUUGUGCGCUGGAUGCAUGGCACCUGCAUCGAGUGCCCUCCCCAGCGCACGGAACGCGAAGACGAGCCGGUUGUGUUCAGCUUCCACAGCGACGUCUCCCAGAACCCCCAGGUUAUUGAGAAGGCCGUGUCCAUCUCCCAGAGCAUCCACAGGCUGCUCAUGUCCAUCACCCGCUACCUGAACCGCUGGAAGAGAUACAGGCCCCUGUGGAAGCUGGACAAAGCCAUCGUCAUGGAGAAGUUUGCAGCCAAGAAGCCCUCCUGUGUGGCCUAUGAUGAAAAGCUGCAUUUCUAUGCCAGGAUCAGUCAGGAGGUGGCACAGCAGCCCUUGGUGAAAUUAGAGCAGUGCAUCCGACUGAAUCUAGAACCCCUAGCUCGGACAGUGGAGGAGAAUGCCCAGGCUUGGGUGAACUCUCUGGGUAAACUACUCAAUGAGUCGGCCAGAGAAGACCUGUUUAACCUAAGAGACGAACUGCAGCAACUAUCAGAUAACCUCAAGAAAAACCCAGAAACGCUUGAGGAUUUAAAGUUCGUUUUGGGGACCAUAGCAGACAUCAGAGACAUGUCCUUAGUUGUGGAAAUGAGGUUUACUGACAUUCAAGAAAGAUACAGAACUCUUGGCAUGUACGGAGUGCAGGUAACUGAAGAGGAAUUAGAACUGUCCAGAAACAUCAGACAGAUAUGGCAUGACCUCUUUGUGGAGUCGCGACAGGUUGAUCACAGUUUAGGCCGAGUGAAGAAGACUUUCACUCAGAUCACAAAGGAGCAAACCGAGGAAUUUAAGAAGGAGUUAUUGGUUUUUGCAGAUAACUUUAGCAUUGAAGGCCCAGGUGCAGUGGGGGACAACUUGGACAAAGGAAUGGAAGUGCUCAUAUCAUACGAAAAAGAACUGGCUCGGUUUGAAAAGGACCGGCAGGAGCUGGCAAACGCAGAGAAGCUCUUCGAUCUGCCCAUCACUAUGUACCCAGAGCUGCUCAAUGUGCAGAAAGAGAUGAAGGGCUUGAGACAAAUCUAUGACAUUUAUAAAGCUCAGAAAGCUGCCAAGGCAGAGUGGUCUCAGACCCUGUGGGUGAAUCUAAACAUCCAGCUGCUCCAGGAGGGGAUCGAGGGCUUCAUCAAGAGCCUCAGGAAGCUGCCCAAGGAUGUGCGCAGCCUGCCUGUCGCCUUCUUCCUUGAUGCCAAAAUGAAAGAGUUCAAAGACUCCAUCCCAUUGCUGCUGGACUUGAAAAAUGAGGCUCUGAGAGAAAGACACUGGAAGGAGCUGAUGGAGAGAACGGGUACCAGCUUUGAGAUGAAUCCUGACACCUUCACUCUGGAAAACAUGUUUGCCAUGGAGCUUCACAAGUAUGCUGAUGUCAUCAGUGAGAUUGUGACUUCUGCGGUGAAGGAGCUCAGCAUUGAGAAAGGUGUGAAGGAUGUGGUGGAUACCUGGGAGAACAUGAAGUUCACCGUUCAGAGGUAUUACAAGGGCACACAGGAGAGGGGCUCCAUCCUGGGCUCAGUGGAUGAAAUCUUGCAGAACCUGGAUGACAAUGCCAUGAACCUGCAGAGCAUGGCUGGGAGCCGCUUCGUGGGCCCCUUCCUGUCUACUGUUCAGCAGUGGGAGAAGAGCUUGUCCUUAAUCAGCGAGGUUAUUGAGGUGUGGAUGCUGGUGCAGCGAAAGUGGAUGUACCUGGAAAGUAUAUUCAUAGGCGGGGAUAUCAGGUCUCAGCUGCCAGAAGAGGCCAAAAAAUUUGACAACAUUGACAAAAUAUUUAAAAAGAUCAUGACGGACACAGUGAAGGACCCUGUAAUUAAAAGGUGCUGCCAUGUUCCGAACCGCCUGUCAGACCUGCAGAACCUCAGCGAUGGUCUGGAAAGGUGUCAGAAGAGCCUGAACGACUACCUGGACUCCAAGCGCAACGCCUUCCCCAGGUUCUUCUUCAUUUCUGACGACGAGCUGCUGAGCAUUCUAGGCAGCAGCGACCCCUCCUGUGUCCAGGAGCACAUGAUCAAAAUGUACGACAACAUCGCCUCUUUGAAGUUUGAGGAGGGCAACAACGGUGAGACGCUGGCGGUGGCGAUGGUGUCAGCGGAAGGGGAGGUGAUGACCCUGAGGCAGGCCAUCCCAGCUGAGGGCCGCGUGGAGGAGUGGAUGACUGCAGUCCUGCAGGAGAUGAGGAGGACCAACAGGCUCAUCACCAAAGAAGCCAUCUUCAGAUACUGUGAGGACCGCAACAGGGUGGACUGGAUGCUGCUGUACCAGGGUAUGGUGGUGCUGGCUGGCAAUCAGGUGUGGUGGACGUGGGAGGUGGAAGACGUCUUUCACAAAGUGAAGAAAGGGGAGAAGCAGGCACUAAAGAACUACGCCAAGAAAAUGCACCAGCAGAUCGAUGACCUGGUCACUCGGAUCACACAGCCGCUGAAGAAGAAUGAUCGCAAAAAAUACAACACUGUCCUGAUCAUCGAUGUCCAUGCCAGGGACAUUGUAGAUAACUUUGUUAGGGACAGUAUCAUGGAUGCCCGGGAAUUCGAGUGGGAGAGCCAGCUGCGGUUUUACUGGGAUCGCGAACCGGAUGAUCUCUUUGUUCGUCAGUGCAGUGCUAGUUUCUCCUAUGGCUAUGAAUACAUGGGAUUGAACGGUCGUCUGGUCAUCACUCCCCUAACUGACCGGAUCUAUCUGACACUCACACAGGCUCUCUCAAUGUACCUGGGAGGAGCACCUGCAGGGCCUGCUGGCACUGGGAAAACUGAGUCCACGAAAGACUUGGCCAAGGCCCUGGGCCUGCUGUGUGUGGUCACCAACUGUGGGGAAGGCAUGGAUUACAAAGCUGUUGGCAAGAUUUUCUCUGGAUUGGCUCAGUGUGGAGCCUGGGGCUGCUUUGAUGAGUUCAACAGGAUUGACGCCUCUGUGCUUUCAGUGAUCUCUUCUCAGAUCCAGACCAUUAGAAAUGCACUUAUUCUGCAUCUGAAGAGGUUCCAUUUUGAAGGGCAAGAAAUUGGUUUGGAUGACCGGAUGGGAAUCUUUAUCACCAUGAACCCUGGAUAUGCUGGCCGGACUGAACUGCCUGAAUCCGUGAAGGCCCUGUUUCGCCCAGUGGUUGUCAUUGUGCCCGACUUGCAGCAAAUCUGUGAAAUCAUGCUCUUUUCUGAAGGCUUCCUAAUGGCCAAGAUCUUGGCUAAAAAGAUGACAGUGUUAUACAAACUUGCCAGAGAGCAGCUUUCUAAACAGCAUCACUAUGACUUUGGCCUUCGUGCCCUGAAAUCGGUGCUGGUGAUGGCAGGGGAGCUGAAGAGAGGAUCUCCAGAUCUGAAUGAGGACGUGGUGUUAAUGAGAGCUUUGAGGGACAUGAACCUGCCCAAGUUUGUUUUUGAGGAUGUGCCCUUGUUCCUGGGGCUCAUCUCAGACCUGUUCCCUGGACUUGACUGCCCACGUGUGCGCUACCCCAGCUUUAAUGAUGCCGUGGAACAAACCAUCCAGGAAAAUAAGUAUGUCAUGCUUCCCAACCAGGUGGAUAAAGUGGUCCAGAUGUAUGAGACGAUGAUGACCCGUCACACCACCAUGGUGGUUGGGCCAACGGGAGGUGGCAAGUCAGUAGUCAUCAACACCCUGUGCCAAUCCCAGACCAGGCUGGGGUUAGUGACUAAGCUGUAUGCAUUGAACCCCAAAGCAAUGAGUGUAAUUGAGCUGUAUGGCAUUCUGGACCCCAUCACCCGGGACUGGACUGAUGGCAUCCUGUCCAACAUAUUCAGAGACAUCAAUAAACCCACAGAUAAAAAAGAGAGAAGGUAUAUCUUGUUUGACGGAGAUGUUGAUGCUCUGUGGGUUGAAAAUAUGAACUCGGUGAUGGAUGACAACAAGCUGCUGACCCUGGCUAAUGGUGAACGUAUCCGACUCCAAGCACACUGUGCCUUACUCUUUGAGGUUGGAGAUUUGCAAUAUGCUUCUCCUGCCACUGUGUCCCGCUGUGGAAUGGUAUUUGUGGAUCCCAAAAACCUACGCUUCACACCCUACUGGCAAAAGUGGGUCAACAGCAGGCCGGCAAAGGAACAAGCAGAACUAAAUAAACUGUUUGAAAAGUACGUUCCUGACACCAUUGCGAUGAUAGUGGAAGGAAUUGUUGAUGGCAAACAGGGGGAAAAACUAAAGACUAUUGUUCCGCAAACAGACUUAAACAUGGUGGUCCAGCUCAGUAUGAUGCUGGAUGCUCUACUAGAAAAAGAAGUGGAGGAGGCAGACGAACUGGAGUGCUAUUUCCUGGAGGCCCUGUACUGUUCCCUGGGAGGUGCCUUAUUGGAAUCAGGGAAGACUAAGUUUGAUCAGUACAUUAAAAGACUGGCUUCCAUGUCCACGGUUCAUGAUGAAAAAACACUAGCUGGACCAGGAGAACUGCCAGGUCACCUCCCAACCCUGUAUGACUUUCAUUUUGAUGGGGAGCAAAAGAAAUGGCUGCCCUGGAGCUCUCUGGUUCCUAAAUAUAUUCACAACCCUGACAUCAAGUUUAUUGACAUCCUUGUGCCUACAGUGGAUACAACACGCAUCAGCUGGCUGGUGGAGCAGAUGGUGAAGAUCAAGCGCCCUGUUGUGCUGGUGGGAGAGUCUGGUACCUCCAAGACUGCCACGACUCAGAACUUCCUCAAAAAUCUCAAUACAGACACAACAGUAAUGCUAACAAUCAAUUUCUCAUCCCGGACCACUUCGAUGGAUCUCCAAAGAAACCUUGAAGCAAAUGUGGAGAAAAGAACUAAAGAAACAUAUGGGCCUCCUAUGGGAAAGAGGCUGUUGGUGUUUAUGGAUGAUCUUAACAUGCCAAGGGUUGAUGAAUAUGGGACACAGCAGCCUAUAGCCCUUCUCAAACUGCUUCUAGACAGAGGUGGCAUGUAUGAUCGGGGUAAAGAGCUCAACUGCAAGAUUCUCAAAGAUCUUGGCUUUAUUGCCGCGAUGGGGAAAGCAGGUGGUGGAAGGAAUGAAGUAGACCCCAGGUUUAUUUCUCUGUUCAGUGUUUUCAAUGUACCUUUCCCUGAAGAGGAGUCCCUUCAUCUCAUAUAUUCCUCCAUUCUGAAAGGACACACUAAGACAUUUGAGGAGUGUAUACAAGCUAUUUGUGAUAAGCUUACAUUUUGUACAUUGGAGCUCUACAAAACCAUUAUUAAAGAUCUGCCUCCCACUCCAUCAAAGUUCCAUUACAUUUUCAAUCUGAGAGACCUUUCCAGGAUCUACAACGGAUUGACAUUAACCCAUCCAGAGAGAUUUCUUACAGUCCCACAGUUCGUGAGAGUUUGGAGGAAUGAAUGCUUGCGUGUUUUUCAUGACCGGCUUAUUAAUGAAACUGACAAAGUUCUGGUCCAAGGCCAUAUCAAGAAUUUAAUUGAAGAACAUUUUAAGGCUGAUCUGGAGUCUGCAAUCCGGGACCCUAUCCUGUUUGGAGACUACCGGGCAGCGCUGAAUGAAGCAGAGCCUCGGGUGUAUGAAGAUAUCCAGGACUAUGAUGCCUCUAAAGCUUUAUUCCAGGAAAUUUUGGAAGAAUACAACGAGACAAGAGCCCGUAUGAAAUUGGUGCUGUUUGACGACGCUCUGGAGCAUUUGACACGCAUCCACAGGAUCAUCAGGAUAAACCGUGGCCAUGCACUGCUGGUGGGCGUGGGGGGAUCGGGAAAGCAGUCCCUCACCAAACUGGCAGCCUUUGCAGCUGGAUGCGAGGUGUACGAGAUCGUCCUGAGUCGGGGCUAUUCAGAAAAUAACUUCCGUGAGGAUCUGAAGACUCUGUACCUGAAGCUAGGGAUAGAGAAUAAGAAAAUGGUCUUCCUCUUUACUGACGCCCAUGUGGCAGAAGAAGGUUUCUUGGAACUUAUUAAUAAUAUGUUGACAUCAGGCAUGGUGCCAGCUCUGUUCCCAGAUGAUGAGAAGGAAUCAGUGCUGGGACAGGUCAGGGAUGAAGCCAUGAAACAUGGCGUGGGGCCUGCGAAGGAGAGUGUCUGGCAGUAUUUUGUGAAUAAGAGUGCUAACAACCUCCACAUCGUUCUGGGCAUGUCUCCUGUUGGAGACACUUUGAGGACACGAUGCAGAAACUUCCCAGGUCUGGUGAAUAACACUGGGAUUGACUGGUUCCUGCCGUGGCCUCCACAGGCACUGCAUGCAGUUGCUCAAUCAUUCCUGGGUGAAAAUCCAAUGAUCCCAUCUCAGCACUCUGAAGCAGUUAUUGGUCAUGUGUGCAUGGUGCAUGGGUCUGUUGGGGAAUUCAGUAAGAAGUUCUUGCAGAAACUGAGACGCAGCAAUUACGUGACCCCGAAGAACUACCUGGACUUCAUCAGCACGUAUUCCAAACUUCUUGAAGAGAAAGAUCAAUAUAUACUGGGACAGUGUAAACGCUUGGAAGGGGGUUUGGAUAAACUGAAGGAGGCAAGUGUGCAACUAGCAGAGCUCAACACAAAGCUGGCUGAACAAAAAGUGGUGUUAGCUGAGAAAUCUGCUGCCUGUGAGAUACUGCUCCAGGAGAUCUCCACCAACACGGCUGUUGCGGAGGAGAAGAAGAAGCUGGCAGAGGACAAGGCAGUGGAGAUUGAGGAGCAGAACAAGGUGAUCGCGGUGGAGAAGAAGGAUGCAGAAAGCUCACUGGCUGAGGCUCUGCCCGCCCUCGAGGCAGCCAGGCUGGCACUGCAGGAUCUGGACAAGUCUGACGUGACGGAGAUCAGAUCAUUUGCCAAACCACCAAAGCAGGUCCAGGUAGUGUGUGAGUGUAUCUUGGUCAUGAGGGGGUAUAAAGAGAUCAGCUGGAAGAGUGCUAAAGGAAUGAUGUCAGAGGCCAACUUCCUGCGAUCCCUCAUGGAGAUGGACUGUGAUGGCAUCAGUGCUGGACAGGUCAAAGUUGUGAGAGGCUUUUUAAAGAACUUAAACACAACCUUUGAAGAAAUGCAAGCCAUCAGCAAAGCAGGAUCUGGAAUGCUGAAGUUUGUGGAAGCUGUAAUGGGAUACUGCGAUGUAGCCAAGGAAAUUAAACCCAAAAGAGAAAAGGUGGCCAGGUUGGAAAAGAACUUUUUCCAGAGCAAGAGGGAGCUAGAGCGUAUCCAGAACGAGCUGGGGGCCAUCCAGAGGGAGCUGAAGGCCCUGGGGGAUAAGUACGAGGAGGCCAUGUGGGAGAAGCAGCAGCUGCAGGCGGAGGCAGAGGUCAUGGAGAGGCGGCUCAUCGCCGCAGACAAGCUCAUCUCAGGACUGGGAUCUGAGAAUGUCCGGUGGACCAAUGACCUGGAAGAGCUGAAGCAGAAGAGGGUCCGCCUGCUGGGGGACUGCCUGAUCUGCGCCGCCUUCCUCAGUUAUGAGGGGGCCUUCAGCUGGGACUUCCGCAAAGAGAUGGUGUACGAGAAGUGGCAGCAGGAUGUGCUGCAGAGGGGCAUCCCCGUCAGCCAGCCCUUUCGCGUCGAGAGCCUGCUGACCGACGAGGUGGAGAUCAGCAGGUGGGGCUCUGAAGGCUUGCCGCCAGACGAGCUGUCGGUUCAGAACGGCAUCCUGACCACACGGGCCAGCCGCUUUCCCAUGUGUAUUGACCCCCAGCAGCAAGCCCUGAACUGGAUCAAGAAGAAGGAAGGGCGCAACAAUCUCAAGAUUUCCUCUUUCAAUGAUCCAGAUUUCCUCAAGCAGCUAGAAAUGGCAAUCAAGUAUGGCUUCCCCUUCCUGUUCCAAGACGUUGAUGAGUACAUCGAUCCCGUGAUCGACAAUGUCCUCGAGAAGAACAUUAAAGGAGCUCAGGGUCGGCAGAUCAUUGUGCUUGGUGAUAAGGAAGUGGACUACGACCCAAACUUUAAACUCUACUUGAACACCAAACUGGCCAACCCAAAAUAUUCCCCUUCAGUGUUUGGAAAGGCAAUGGUCAUUAACUACACAGUGACUCUGAAGGGCCUGGAGGACCAGCUGCUCAGCGUGAUUGUGGGCUUCGAGAGGAAGGAGCUGGAGGAGCAGCGUGCUCGUCUGAUUCAGGAGACGAGCGAGAACAAGAAGCUGCUGAAGGACCUGGAGGACUCGCUGCUGCGGGAGCUGGCCACCUCCACUGGGAACAUGCUGGACAACGUGGAGCUGGUCCAGACCCUGGAGGAGACCAAGUCCAAGGCCACCGAAGUGUCGGAGAAACUGAAACUGGCAGAGAAGACAGCAGUUGACAUUGACAAACUACGUGAUGGUUACAGGCCUGCUGCCAAGAGAGGUGCCAUUUUAUUCUUCGUGCUGGCUGAGAUGGCGCUGGUGAACACCAUGUACCAGUACUCCCUGGCUUCUUACCUGGACGUUUUUGAUUUUUCCUUGCGGAAGUCACUGCCAGACUCCAUCCUGGUCAAGAGACUGAAGAACAUCAUGGACACACUCACUCACAACGUCUAUAACUAUGGCUGCACUGGCUUGUUUGAGAAGCACAAACUGCUCUUCUCAUUUAACAUGACCAUUAAAAUAGAGCAGGCAGAGGCAAGAGCACCACAGGAAGAGCUGGAUUUCUUCCUCAAGGGCACAGUUUAUGCACUGGGUCAGCAAUACCGGCUCCUGCUGCUGAAGCAGCUGUGGGAGGCUGUGUAUGUACAGCCUCCAGUCAUCAGUUUUGAGGCUAUCUUUGAGCAGAGCACUCCCACCUCUCCUAUCGUGUUCAUCCUGAGUCCCGGCUCGGACCCAGCCAGCGAUCUGAUGAAACUGGCAGAGAGGACAGGCUUCGGGGGCAGCCGGCUGAAGUUUCUAGCCAUGGGCCAGGGUCAGGAGAAGGUGGCACUGCAGCUGUUAGAGACGGCUGUUUCUCGGGGGCAGUGGCUCAUGCUGCAGAACUGUCACUUGCUGGUGAAGUGGCUGAAGGAGCUGGAGAAGUCUCUGGAGAGAAUCACCAAACCCCACCCAGACUUCCGCCUCUGGCUCACCACUGACCCCACCAAGGACUUCCCUAUCGGAAUCCUGCAGAAGUCAUUGAAGGUGGUGACUGAGCCCCCGAACGGGCUGAAGCUGAACAUGAGAGCCACGUACUUCAAGAUCCCUCACGAGGCCCUGUCAGAGUGCCCUCACCCAGCCUUCAAGAGCCUGGUGUACGUGCUGGCCUUCUUCCACGCUGUGGUGCAGGAGAGGAGGAAAUAUGGCAAGAUUGGCUGGAAUGUGCCUUAUGAUUUCAAUGAAUCGGACUUCCAGGUUUGCAUGGAAAUCUUAAACACUUACCUAACCAAAUCCUACCAUCAAGGAGACAGUAAGAUUCCAUGGGGAAGUCUGAAGUACCUGAUUGGAGAGGUGAUGUAUGGAGGCCGUGCCAUAGACAGCUUUGACAGAAGGAUCCUCACUGUCUACAUGGAUGAAUAUCUGGGGGACUUUAUAUUUGAUACCUUCCAGCCCUUUCAUUUCUUUAAGAACAAGGAAGUGGACUACAAGAUUCCAGAAGCUGGACCCAAAGAUAACUAUGUUGCGGAAAUUGAAUCCCUCCCUCUGGCCAACACUCCUGAGGUGUUUGGCCUUCACUCCAAUGCUGAAAUUGGCUACUACACCCAGGCAGCCCGGGACAUGUGGACACACCUGAUAGAGCUGCAGCCACAGACAGGGGAGUCUGGAGGAGGUAUCAGCCGGGAUGAGUACAUCAGCCAGGUUGCCAAGGACAUCCAGAACAAGCUGCCCAGAGUGUUUGACCUGGACGUGAUCCGGAAGAAGUUUGGCCUGGAGAUCUCGCCCACCUCCGUUGUGCUGCUGCAGGAGCUGGAACGUUUCAACAGGCUGGUGGUGCGCAUGGCCCGCUCCCUGGCUGAGCUGCAGAGGGCUCUGGCUGGAGAGGUGGGCAUGAGCAGCGAGCUGGACGAAGUGGCACGGGCCCUUUUCAAUGGUCAAAUCCCUGCCAUCUGGCGGAAACUGGCACCCGACACCCUCAAGUCCCUGGGCAACUGGAUGAUCCAUUUCAAGAGGAGGUUUGAGCAGUACAGCUCAUGGGUUGAAGAUGGAGAGCCCAAUGUGAUGUGGCUCUCUGGACUGCACAUCCCUGAGUCUUAUCUCACUGCUUUGGUCCAAGCUACCUGCCGCAAGAACUGCUGGCCUCUAGACCGGUCCACCCUCUACACUCAGGUCACCAAAUACCGUACCGAGGAGGAGGUCACCGAGAGGCCAGGUCAAGGAUGCUUUGUGUCUGGGUUGUAUCUGGAGGGGGCAGACUGGGAUAUCGAGCAAGGCUGUCUGGUUCGCAGUAAACCCAAAGCGCUUGUUGUGCAGCUGCCCGUUCUGAAGGUCAUUCCGAUUGAAUCCCACCGCCUGAAGCUCCAGAACACAUUAAGGACACCAGUGUACACAACGUCAAUGAGAAGAAACGCGAUGGGUGUAGGCCUGGUGUUCGAGUCAGACCUCUUCACUACCAUGCAUGCCUCCCACUGGGUCCUGCAGGGCGUCUGUCUGUGCCUCAACUCCGACUGAGGCAGCAGCUCUUCAGAGUACAGUCUAGCCCAUUGCUGCCUCGUUCAAAUUCACAAAUCUGCUUGGAGUCCACAUGUGGAAUGUACUUUUGAAAUCCAGGAAAGAUUAAUAUAUAUUUUCUUAAAAAAAGGUUUUUACCAUUCUGUAAGUUAAAGUUUACAUUGCAAUCAAAGUUAUAAUGUUCUUACAUAGUUUGUGAAAUAAAUUAAAAUUUGUUACUUCAAUGAGUGUGUUUAUAUUGUAUAAACUUGAGCUGACAAGAUUACUCCCAAAGUAGCUAGGAAUGUUUGGAGAGUAAUACCCGCAGAGCCUCUAAAACUUCUUGUGGCCUGUGAUUGUGAAGAGUAGCUGGUCUUUUCGUCAGAAGUUUCUUUU